AUGGUCUUACAGAUUGAAGCUGCACAAGCCUUGAUUUAUGCUGGGAUGGCAGGGUCCAACUUGGAAAAUAUUCAAGAAAAAAUAAAUGAGUACUUGGAGAGAGUUCAAGCUCUCUAUUCAGCAGUUCAGUCACAGAACACAGACCCCCUGAAGUCAAAACAACAGUUGGACUUGGAGCGUGCUCACUUCCUAGUUACACAGGCUUUUGAUGAAGAUGAUAAAGGCAAUGCAGAAGAAGCUAUAGAGUUGUACACAGAAGCGGUGGAACUCUGUUUGAAAACAGCUACUGAAACUUCAGAAGCAGGCCUCCAGUCAAAACUGAAACAGCUGGCUCGACAAGCACUGGAUAGAGCAGAGGCACUGAAGGAAUCUGUGUCAAAGUCAUCUCAGAAGGAGAAGUCAACUGCAGCUAAACCAAAUCAGCCAGUCAGAACAUUUUUUCCAUUGGGACCUGAUUUUUCUUUAAAUGAUAAACCGCAGACAAUCAGAGCAGUACAAGCUAGCGAACCUCAAGGUCAGAGAUACACUGCCGAGGAGAUUGAAGUACUCAGGAAGACUUCAAAAAUUAAUGGCAUUGAAUACGUACCCUUCAUGAGUGUUGAUCUGAGGGAACGUUUUGCCUUCCCUAUGCCAUUUUCUGAUAAAUGUGGGAAGUUACCAUUAUCCCCCAAACAGAAAGCAAUGUUUGCCAAGUGGGUGCGACCAGAUGACAUAACGAAUAACCCUACGAUGAUUUAUACCGUGUCGAGUUUCAGCAUAAAGCAGACAAUAGUGUCGGAUUGUUCUUUCGUGGCAUCGCUAGCUAUCAGUGCGGCAUAUGAAAGAAGAUACAACAAAAAAUUGAUCACAAGUAUAAUUUACCCUCAGAAUAAGAAAGGAGAACCAGAAUAUAAUCCAUGUGGCAAAUACAUGGUGAAGCUUCAUAUCAAUGGUGUACCUAGAAAGGUAAUCAUAGAUGACCAGUUACCUGUUGAUCAUAGUGGGGAACUUCUCUGUUCUUAUUCUAACAAUAAGAAUGAAUUAUGGGUGUCACUAAUAGAAAAAGCUUACAUGAAGGUCAUGGGAGGAUACGAUUUUCCUGGAUCAAAUUCUAACAUUGAUCUCCAUGCACUGACUGGAUGGAUACCUGAAAGAAUUGCUAUGCACUCUGACAAUCAAGCCUUCAAUAAAGAUAGUACUUUCAGAAUGCUUUAUCAGAGAUUUCACAAGGGAGAUGUCCUUAUCACAACAGCAACCGGGGUGAUGUCUGAAGAGGAAGGAGAAAAAUGGGGUUUAGUUCCAACUCAUGCGUAUGCAGUCUUGGAUAUAAGAGAAUAUAAGGGACUUCGAUUUCUUCAGUUGAAAAAUCCCUGGAGCCACUUGCGUUGGAAGGGACGAUACAGUGAAAAUGACAUAAGAAAUUGGACCCCAGAUUUACAAAAAUACUUGAACUUUGAUCCAAGAACAGCUCAGAAAAUAGACAAUGGCAUUUUCUGGAUUGCCUGGGAGGACCUGUGUCAGUACUAUGAUGUUAUUUAUUUGAGUUGGAACCCAAGUCUUUUUAAAGAAUCUACGUGUAUUCACAGUACUUGGGAGGCAAAGCAAGGUCCGGUGAAGGAUGCCUACAGCCUGGCUAACAACCCUCAGUACAAGCUGGAGGUGCAGUGUCCACAGGGCGGUGCUGCUGUCUGGGUUCUGCUCAGCAGGCACAUCACAGAUAAGGAUGACUUUGCACACAAUCGGGAAUUCAUUACAAUGGUUGUAUACAAGACCGAUGGCAAAAAAGUUUACUAUCCAGCUGAUCCUCCUCCGUAUAUCGAUGGUAUUCGGAUCAACAGUCCUCACUAUCUGACCAAGAUAAAGCUGACCUCUCCAGGGCCCCAUACGUUUACCUUAGUGGUGUCCCAGUAUGAGAAACAAAACACUAUCCAUUACACCAUCAGGGUGUAUUCCUUGUGCAAGUUCACCUUUUCCAAGAUUCCUACACCUUACACCAUUUCCAAACGGGUUAAUGGACAGUGGAAAGGUCACAGUGCUGGAGGAUGUGGCAAUUUCAGAGACACCUACAAAAAUAACCCCGUUUACCAAUUCCAGCUGGACAAGAAUGGACCAUUACUAAUUGAACUGCGAGGACCAAGGCAAUACAGCGUUGGCUUUGAACUCAUCAUGGUGUCGACAGUAGGAGAUCCUGGUUCCUGUGGCUUUCAGAAAAAGAGCAGCGGUGACUACAGGUGUGGAUUUUGCUACUUGGAAGUGGAGAACAUAGUUGCUGGAGUUUACAACAUUAUCCCCACCACAUUCCUGCCUCAACAAGAGGGUCCUUUUUUCUUAGAUUUUAACAGUGCUACUCCUCUUAAAGUAUCGCAGCUGCAGUGA